GCGGGGGCAGAGGCCCGCUGGGAGGGGACAGGAGGAGCGUAGGGGCCUAGAGGGCUCCGUGGAGAAACUGUGUGAGGCUGGAGGCCGGCGGGAGAGGCGUCCGAAGUGGACUGGACCGAGGAAACUCCACUCGCCGGACAGUCCGAGGCGGCCGGCUAGAGGGGGGACAGAAGGACGGCAGGGAGGGCCAGCAUGCCCCCACUGCUGCACCCCGCCCUGCUGCUGCUCCUGGGCGCCACGCUGACCUUCCGGGCACUCCGGCGCGCGCUCAGUCGCCUACCUCUGCCCGCUCACGUGCGCGCCGACCCCCUGCGCACCUGGCGCUGGCACAACCUACUCGUCUCCUUCACCCAUUCCAUUGUGUCAGGGAUCUGGGCUUUGCUGUGUGUAUGGCAGACCCCAGAACUGCUAGUAGAGAUUGAGACUGCGUGGUCGCUUUCUGGCUAUCUGCUCGUUUGCCUCUCCGCAGGUUAUUUCAUCCACGACACUGUGGACAUCGUGGUUAGUCGUCAGGCUCGAGCUUCUUGGGAAUACCUGGUCCAUCACGUCAUGGCCAUGGGUGCCUUCUUUUCAGGCAUCUUUUGGAGCAGCUUUGUAGGUGGGGGUGUCAUAACACUACUGGUAGAGGUCAGCAACAUUUUCCUCACCAUUCGUAUGAUGAUGAAGAUCAGCAAUGCCCAGAACCUCCUCCUGUACCGGAUCAACAAGUAUGUCAACUUGAUCAUGUAUUUUCUCUUCCGGCUGGCCCCUCAGGCCUACCUCACCUAUUUCUUCCUGCAGUAUGUGGGUCAGGGAAACCUGGGCACCUUCCUGCUGGGUAUCCUACUCAUGCUGGACGUCAUGAUCCUCAUCUACUUUUCCCGCCUCCUCCGCUCGGACUUUUGCCCUGAACGUGUGCCUAGCCCACAACACAAAGACAAGUUCUUAACAGAGUGAGGCAGUCUGCAACUUGUGGCAAGGACAGCAAACAGCCAAGGAGAACAGCCUCACUCAUAAACUGAGGUUAAGACUCAAGACCCAAACCUGGGGCAUCUGGGCUCUCCACCUUUCAAGCCUGCAUCCACUAUUGAAAACACUAAUGAAAGCACUCCUCUGAAGUUCUAGUCCUUUCUUGGGCAAGGCUGAGGAAAGCAGACAGACCGGUUGGACAUGGUAGAAGGGUGUGGGGACAAGGUGCUACCCAGCCCACACUGCCCUGAAAUGGAUGCUAAUGAACUCCAGGUAUUGGUUUCAUACAAAGCCUCGUCCAGGGAUAAAAGGGGUUCUGAUAAAACUGCUCACUUUUUCACUUAAUCCUAUGACAGAGGCAAGUUCUAGUUGUCCUAGGACAACUAACCCAAGUCUGGAUCACAAAAAUCUGCUGAGCUCUUGUUGCUGGGAUUGUAACUGGUAUGGCGAAAUGAGAGCGCUGAAUGUUCCAAUGGGGUAGGUGGGCCAGGACUCUUACCCACACUGCUGUUUAGUGUGUAUAUACCACAGUAUGGUGCCCUCCCAGCCCAACCAGAAAUCAACAUAAAGAAGCAUAUAGUACAAAAUUUUUAUAUUUAGAAUUAGCCAGCUGGACUCAGUUUAGAUGAUCCCAAUCUGAAAAACAAAAGGGAGCUUUGUUACUGAGGUUGAAAUGUAAAGAUUAAGCCAGAAUUUCAUGGUUAAAAAGCAUAAUGUGGGCACAGGGCAAGGCCUAUUAUGGAGAGGGGUGCAGUCAGUCAGUUAAGGCUAAUCAGCAAGUCAGGCUUUGGUCGCAAACAGACACAUCAUUUGCACCCAGGGGGUGGCUGUUAGGGAGUUCAUGACAAAGGAAGCUUACUUUGUUGGCAACAUCCAAAGCAUCAUAGUCUGGAGCCAGUCGAACAUAUGCCUUCUUCUCCCCAUCAGGUCUAGGGUGGAGAAAGCAGCCUUAGUCUGUGCUGCCCACAGUACCCCUCCCCCCAAUCUUCUGGGGCAUCAGGGGUUCCUUUGUUCAUGCAGUCUUUUCCAAAUAGUUAUAUUUUUCUGUCAUUGGCACAGAGGAAGGUUAAGGAAGCCACUAGGCUACAAAGUUAAUGCCCUUUUUUGGGAAACACCACAGGAUAAUCCAGGUAAUCAGACAUACUUUUCUCGUACUCUAGGGCCUGCCUCUGUCUAGAGGUAGGAAUCAAGAAAAUGAGCACCAACCCCGUAAGAGGCGCCAAACUCAUUUCCACCAGGGGCCACAUCAGCCUUGUAGUUGCCUUCAAAGGGCCAAUGUAAUUUUAAGCCUAUAUGAUAUAAAUGUAACUACUCUAUAACAGUUAAGUGAGAACUUGGUGCUGCCAUGCGGUAGAAACAAGGGGGAGGGCCAGAUUCAGCCCACGGGCCUUGUGUUUGCCACCUGUGCCGUAAGUCAAAUCCUAGAGGCAGGGGAGCUGCUGAUGCCUCAAUAGUCCACAGUCCAUACAAAGGACUGUAAUUACAGCAGGGGCUGCUCAUUUCUCAAGGCUUGCACACUGAAACCUACUCUGACCCCAAAAGCAACAUCAAGGAAUUUUAAACAAUUUCAUGCCAUUCAGGUUUACUGGCUUCUGAGGCCCCAGUGUUCUCAGUCCUUGGGACCCCACUCACCUGAUCAGGGUGUUGACCUUGGCCACAUCAAUAUCAUACAGCUUCUUCACAGCCUGUUUGAUCUGGUGCUUGUUGGCUUUGACAUCCACAAUGAACACAAGUGUAUUGUUGUCUUCUAUCUUCUUCAUGGCUGACUCAGUAGUCAGGGGGAACUU